GGGGGUCGGGGGUAGGGGCCCAGGUAUAGGCCAGGGAGGUGGGUGCGUGAGGACCCUCUCACCCCUCUCUUCUCUUGUUCACAGAGACUGCCACUGUCAGCACCAGCAUGUCUUACAGCGUGACCCUGACCGGGCCCGGGCCCUGGGGCUUCCGUCUCCAGGGAGGCAAGGACUUCAACAUGCCUCUCACUAUCUCCCGGAUCACACCGGGGAGCAAGGCCGCCCAGUCCCAGCUCAGUCAGGGUGACCUCGUGGUGGCCAUCGACGGAGUCAACACAGACACCAUGACCCACCUGGAAGCUCAGAACAAAAUCAAGUCUGCUAGCUACAACCUGAGUCUCACGCUGCAGAAGUCAAAGCGCCCCAUCCCCAUCUCCACAACAGCACCCCCGGUCCAGUCCCCUCUGCCAGUGAUCCCCCACCAGAAGGACCCCGCUCGGGACACGAACGGCAGCCCGGCGGCCCUCAGCCCCAACCCUGAGGCAAGGGCGAGUCUGGGCACCCCGGGCACCCCGGAGCUCAGGCACACCUUUAGCUCCUUCUCCCAGACCUCCGUCUUCUCCUCACACACCGAGGCCUCUGAGCCCAGCCCUCCGUGGGGCAGCCCAGGGGCCAAGACCAGCCUGGAGGGAGCCCUGGACUCAUUCAGCCCGAAAGCCCCGCAGGGCUCGAGCCAGCCAAGGCAGUAUAACAACCCCAUUGGCCUGUACUCAGCAGAGACCCUGAGGGAGAUGGCUCAGAUGUAUCAGAUGAGCCUCCGAGGGAAGGCCUCAGGUGCUGGACUCCCAGGAGGCGCCGACUACCAGGAACGGUUCAACCCCAACGCCCUGAAGGACUCUGCCCUGUCCACCCACAAGCCCAUUGAGGUGAAGGGGCUGGGCGGCAAGGCCACCAUCAUCCAUGCGCAGUACAACACACCCAUCAGCAUGUAUUCCCAGGACGCCAUUAUGGACGCCAUUGCUGGGCAGGCCCAGGCCCAGGGCAGUGACUUCAGUGGGAGCCUUCCUAUUAAAGACCUUGCUGUGGACAGUGCCUCCCCCGUGUACCAGGCCGUGAUUAAGAACCAGAACAAGCCGGAAGACGAGGCUGACGAGUGGGCCCGACGCUCCUCCAACCUGCAGUCUCGCUCUUUCCGUAUCUUGGCCCAGAUGACGGGGACAGAAUACAUGCAAGACCCUGAUGAAGAAGCUUUACGACGGUCAAGGCCCCAGGCCUCUGCCUACAGUCCCGCCAAGGCGACAUCUCCAGCACCUGCCACUCAUACAUACAAUGAGGCCUCAGCUGCCCCUGCGCCCAAGCCCCGGGUUGUCACCACCGCCAGCAUCCGGCCUUCUGUCUACCAGCCAGUGCCGGUGUCCACGUACAGCCCAUCCCCAGGGGGCAAUUAUAGCCCAGCUCCCUACACCCCCUCGCCUGCCCCCACCUACUCCCCUUCCCCGGCUCCAAGCUACACCCCCUCACCAGCCCCAAGCUAUAACCCUGCCCCCUCAGCAGGGGCCUACAGCGGGGGCCCUGUGGAGUCUGCCAGCCGCCCCCCAUGGGUGUCAGACGACAGCUUCUCUCAGAAGUUUGCCCCUGGCAAGAGUACCACCUCCAUCAGCAAGCAAACCCUGCCCCGAGGGACCCCUGCCUACACCCCUGUGGGGCCCCAAGUGUCUCCCCUGGCCAGGGGCAUCGUUCAGCGGGCUGAGCGCUUCCCAGCCAGCAGCCGGACUCCACUCUGUGGCCACUGUAAUAACGUCAUCAGGGGCCCCUUUCUGGUAGCCAUGGGCCGUUCCUGGCAUCCAGAAGAGUUCAACUGUGCCUACUGCAAGACCUCCCUGGCGGACGUGUGCUUCGUAGAGGAACAGAACAACGUGUACUGCGAGCGCUGUUACGAACAGUUCUUUGCGCCAAUCUGUGCCAAGUGCAACACCAAAAUCAUGGGGGAAGUGAUGCAUGCGCUCAAACAGACAUGGCACACCACCUGUUUCGUCUGCGCAGCUUGCAAAAAACCCUUCGGGAACAGCCUCUUCCACAUGGAAGACGGGGAGCCCUACUGCGAGAAAGACUACGUCAAUCUGUUCAGCACCAAGUGUCAUGGCUGUGAUUUCCCCGUGGAAGCCGGUGACAAGUUUAUUGAAGCCCUGGGACACACCUGGCAUGACACCUGCUUCAUCUGCGCAGUCUGCCACGUGAAUCUGGAGGGGCAGCCUUUCUACUCCAAGAAGGACAGACCCCUGUGUAAGAAGCACGCACACGCCAUCAACGUGUAGGGAGCCCGGAGCGUCUGAUGCGGACAGGCCGGGAGCCGCUCCUGCCGCUGGCAACAAAGGAUUCAAGGAGGCUGAUGUUUCUUUUGGGGGAAAGGAGGAAGACAGGAAGCUACUGAGCCCUUUUGAAGUAUAAUUUUAGUCCUUCCUUCUGCACACAGAUCGUGUAUUUGCAUAGUUCAGACUAGAAGCCAAAUGAAGAUUCCUCAACCAAGCUAGUAAUUAAUCCAAGGCUGGAGUGGUAAUUCAAAUGUUCAGAACAGAAUUCCAAGAACUCCAAAGUGAAAAACAAAAAAAAGUCAUGUUCUCGAAGCGACACCCUUCCCUGAGGUCACCAGAGCAGGGACAGAGCUCAGGGUGCUGUUGGAGACUCUGGAGUGUGCUGUGGAGUUCUCUAGAGCUUGUCUGGCAAGUAGACCCAAGUGCCAAACAGUACUCGUUGUGGGGUAUUUUUAGAGCCAUAGCUGAGGGCUUGUUAGCUGAGACCGAUUGGGCUUUCCUCGCCAAAAAAGGAAGUGUUAUUCCGUUACUAGCGUCACGGAGCCACCUCUGCGCAUCAGACUUCAGACCUGGAACAGAGUUGAGCAUUCUGAGGGAGUCCAGGCGUCUAGGAGGUGCCUUCUGGGAGCCGCGGGGCGGUUGACAGGGCUUUAGGAAGGGCUCUGGCUCACGUCUAAGACAUCCUAUGUCCCCAGAAGGUUGAGCUCCUUUUUGAAUUGUGAUGGGAAAGUGGAAUUGGGUUUUUCCAGUUUUGCUUUGCUGUGUGUGAGAGGAGAUUUUAAAGCGACUCUGGGUUGUGUCUAGCCUUUGUUUUGCUUUAUGAAGUUCGUGAGCGUGAAUGUCCAGGCUUAUGCAUGUUUUUCUCUCCUAAUCCUGAGACGGCUCACUUAUGAAGUCUUCCUCAGCACCCCUUCCCCCAACAGGCGUGAUGACCUGUGGACAAGAAGAGAGAGGUGGUGUCUGAAACAGGAUGGCAGACUAGGCUGGGAAUAUGCCCGAACUCUGCAUGGGGAGAGGAGUGUUACUUUCUGUCAGCCUCAGUAAGAACACCAGUGUUGGCAGACCUGCACCAGGCUUCUCAAGGGUUCCUUUCAACGCAGUGCACUGAUUACGUGCCGGGGUGUUGACUGUUGGGAGGAGAAGAGGGACUGAUACGGUACUCAUUUGCCAUUCGGGCCUAUAGUUUGACAAUGGAUAAGCUGAGUUGAUCUAGAACUUGUUUAAGUACUUAUUGAAAUAGUCUUGGGUCUUCAAACUUCUUUAAACAUUAGUGAUAGUUUGAGUUAAGAAAGCAUUUUAAAGCUGUUAGGUGACAAAGAGAGAAGCUUGGUUUCUGAGCCUGGAAAUGGUACAUUCUCUUUCCCUUCAGGAAGCACUGUCAUUACGCUCAUGGAACAAGGCAUGGAAGCAGGCAGUCUGAGGGGGUGUUUCUCACUUGAACACAAUAGUUAGGUACUCUUCCAACUCACUGCUACUCUCUCCUCACUCCUGUUUUGGAUUUUUCUCUUUGCAUGUUUUAUGAGAAUGCAUUAGAACAUUUUUUUUUCUUCUGAGAACUGAGGCUUCCAGGGGACUGUCUUUCUCCCUGAGUGUGUUCCUUCUCCUUGAAG